AUGGCCACAGGCAAUGACGGCGCCCCCCCUGAUUUAUAUCAUAUUGUAUUAUCAAUAACUCAUAUCAGUAAAGACCCGAACAACAUCAUUGAAAAGGUCCGCAUCCCGGGCACCUACACAUCGCUGCGGGCUGCCAAAGCAGCGGCCCACAGCUGUCUCUUUGAUGCCGGAUACGAGAGGGAGUUCUUCACCCAGUACGAAACCAAUAAAGAUGUAUUCGAAGGUCGCAAUCUCUCCAACCGACAGGGGCUCGUUGUUUUCGCAGUAGCCUCAGACGGUACCACGUUCCGGGUCCGUAUUGACACGACGGCCAAUAACAUGCGAUUGACCACGGAUUAUGAGGAUGGUCGAAUUCCUAUGCCUCUAUAUUAUAUCAUACAAACCACGUUUGUAUAUAAUGGAGCAAAGGAAGUGAGCAAUGUCCGAGACCUGAACGUUCUCGGUGCCUACGCCGAUUAUCAGGAGGCGAGAAAACUAGCCGAACAUAUCUUACUCUCAGAGGAGGAUGGCAUGAGCAAAGAAAGUUACGAGGCAUAUGAUGAGGCAUCGCCUGACGACACAGACUGUGGAUACGGUGAGAACGUAGUUGUGCAUGCUGUGAGCCAAUAUGGGGAAAAUUAUUCAAUCAGUGUAAUCCAGACAAAGAGGCUGGAAAAUGUCGCGUUGGCGGAGGCAUCCAUGCGAAUCAUGUGA